AUGUUCAUAGGCCGCCCUGGCCUCCUCAGUCUCGCAGUAUUUGGAUGCCCUUUCUGGCGGGAAGUUGCUUCCGCUGGGCUUUGCCGUUGAGACCCUGCGGCGAGGAAAGGCUGAAUGAGAGGUUUCGCUCGUUAGGGAAGAAAAUACGGUGGCCAUUGGGCAUAAAUUUCUGGUGGUGGGAUUACAAGGAACUAGGGGCUGAGUGCUCCUGAAUCUUUUCCAGGCUCACGUUGCUAGGCAAGGUGGUUUUUCCUUAGGAGAGGCGCAGGUGUUUUUCAAAGUGAGAUCCCGGCAUCAGCAGCAUCAAAAUCACCGGGAUCCAAGGUAAAAAUGUCGAUUCGGUCCCUUCGCUUCCCUGAGGAAUUUGAGUUUGCGGUGAGGCUGGCAACCUUGCCUCUUUAAGAGACUAAUGUAACGCCCCGUGCACCCUCCCCCUCCCACCGGCUGGGAUCGGAGCCCUCCUGCGCCGCCCUGCCCUCCCCCCGCCCCGGACCCCUCCCCGCCCCUCCCACCUCCACCCAUCCCCGCCUCCCGCCGCAAUCUUGGCGGGAAGACGCCAGCUGCUAAGCGGAGGGAGGAUGUCUGGGUCGCGCGCGGAGGCCGAGGAGAAGGUGGGCUCCAGACAGCGACUCCAGGUGAAUGAAUAUAAGGAAAACCAAAACAUCGCUUGUGUGUCUCUGAGACCGGUACAGACUACAGUUUUAGGAAAAACAGCUAAGGUGUAUCUUGUUCCCUUUUCGCUCAGUAACUACAAGCCAGAUCAACUUAAGCGCCCCAAAUCCCUAUUAGAUAAGAAUUCUAACAAUGAAGUGGCAUGUAAGAAAUGUAAGAAGGCUGAAAUAAAGAAAACUUGCAGAAGGAUUUUAACCCCAAAGAUGGAAGCCACAUCUUCCAAGGCAGAAUCCACUCUGCAAAAAUCAUCCUUAGAUGUUCAUGCUGAAAGUAACAAGUGGCAAUACAAGAGCACGUCAGAUACAGUGAUUCUCAGUGCUGAUACAGAAAGCAGCCAGGAUGGAGACAGUGAUGAAGGUACCACACCAGGCAUGGAUGAUUUUUCAGGAUUGUCACCAUACGAAAAGAAGAGACUGAAGAACAUAUCAGAAAAUGCAAACUUUUUUGCUUCUCUUCAGUUGUCUGAGUCAGCUGCAAGGCUCCGUGAAAUGAUAAAGAAGAGACAGCCUCCUGAAUCCAAAAGAAAGAAGCCUAAGAAGAAAGAAAAUGGGACUGGAUGUAGAAGGUCAAUGCGAUUACUAAAAGUUGACCCUUCAGGAGUUUCAUUACCAGCAACUCCAACCCAGCCAAUAUUAGUAGCAGAUGAAAAUCCUUUGUUACCUCCUGGGCCUUUAGAAAUGACUUCUGAAAAUCGAGAUGAUAACAGUGAACUAUUUAAAGGAUUUCUGCAGACUUGGGCAGAAGUGAGCAAGGUAUCACUUGGGAGGACAAGAAGUAAAAACACUGAGAAGGAGUUAUCUAGCAUUAAAAGCUACAAAGCCAAUUUAAAUGGCAUGAUCAUUAGUGAAGAUACUGUUUAUAAAGUUACCAAAGGCCCAAUAUUCUCAGUGGCUCUCCAUCCAUCAGAAAUUAGAACUUUGGUGGCAGCUGGGGCCAGAUCUGGACAAGUUGGACUUUGGGAUUUGACUCACCAACCUAAAGAAGAUGGAGUUUAUAUUUUUCAACCCCAUAGUCAACCAGUUAGCUGUCUUUACUUCUCGCCUGCCAAUCCAGCUCACCUGCUGUCACUGAGCUAUGAUGGCACAUUACGCUGUGGGGAUUUUUCCAGAGCUGUUUUUGAAGAGGUAUAUAGAGAUGAAGGAAGUAGCUUUUCCUCCUUUGACUUCUUGGCAGAAGAUGCCUCCACUUUAAUAGUAGGUCACUGGGAUGGAAGUAUGUCACUAGUGGAUAGGCGGACGCCUGGAACUUCUUGUGAGAAGCUUAUCAAUUCUUCUUUGAGCAAAAUAAGAACUGUACAUGUCCACCCAGUGCAUAGACAGUAUUUUAUCACUGCGGGAUUAAGGGAUAUUCAUAUUUAUGAUGCAAGGUGCCUGAAACCCAGUAGAAGCCAGCCUUUGAUUUCUUUGACUGAACACACAAAGAGCAUCGCUUCUGCCUAUUUUUCACCUCUUACUGGUAACAGAGUAGUAACCACAUGUGCUGAUUGUAAGCUGAGAAUCUUUGACAGCAGCUGUAUAUCCUCGAAGAUUCCUCUUCUCACCACCAUCAGGCACAACACCAUUACUGGGAGAUGGCUGACCAGGUUCCAAGCUGUGUGGGACCCUAAACAAGAAGACUGUAUCAUAGUCGGCAGCAUGGCCCAUCCACGGCGAGUGGAAAUCUUCCAUGAGAGAGGAAAGUGGGUGCACUCUUUUCUUGGUGGAGAAUGCCUUGCCUCUGUGUGUUCCAUCAACGCUAUGCACCCAACUCGGUAUAUUUUGGCUGGAGGUAACUCCAGUGGGAGGAUACAUGUUUUUAUGAAUUAAGAAAGUUGCGGAGUUUUUGGUUUGACAACACCGAUUUGUUCAAAUUAAUCAGUGUCUAAGGAGCCCAGUAAUUCACGUGGCUUAGUCUGUUUACUUGGUAAUAUGUUCUAUUUUUAGCAAAUACAAAAUUGCUUUGUUAAUAAGAACUGUGAGCAGAAGGUACUUUUAGUAAGAGAGAAGCCUUGGAGGUUGUUUCUAUAGGAUGGCGAGGGAAUUAAAGGGGAGACUGUGAUGCCUUCAGCACUUUUAAUCAGGCAGAAUGUUGAGAAAUUCUAACAUAAAUUAUAAAGCUUUGAGUGAUCAGUA